AUGUCUCUCUCAAAUCUCCAUCAAGCCCCAGCAGAUCCUACCAUCUGCUACAACAAUGACAUUUCAUCAGACGGACAAACGCGGGGCAUCAGCAUCCACCCCAAGAACAUUCUAAAUAUUGCUCAUUCAAGUGAGUCGGCCAGCAAUAUUGGAUCAGAAAAGAAUCAAAGCUCGAGCGAUGCCACAAGGUGGCGCCCUUUCUGGUUAGGUCAUAUCAGAUUGGCCUGCUUCGGGCUCUGGUUUCUCUGCUGUACAAUUGCUCUUCCUAUCAUGUUGCACUACUCUGAGCUCAACAAGGGGCUUCUCGAAACCCGAGGAGAUCUUGCCUAUUUAUGGAGAUUUGGUCCAACGGCCAGGCCCCUCACAGUUUUCACUGUCGUUGCAGUACUCUGGUCGCGAGUAGAGUUGCAAGCAUUGAUAUACAUGCCCUGGGCAUCGCUUUCGUCCAGACAACCAAUCAGUCCCGAGGAGUACCAGCUGGACUAUGUGUCGAUGAUUGUUCCAACUGUUUUAGUUCAAUCCCUUCGGAGGAGACACUAUUUCGUAUUUCUUGUUACCUUGCUGUCAGUCAUCUUGAAAAUUCAAACUGUCCUGUCCGCCGCCCUUUUCUUCUUGGGGGACGAGAAGGAGGUUCGACCAGUUGAGUUGAAAGCUUUGGACAUUUUCAAUACGACAUCCGGCCGGGCAAGCAAUGUCAGCUCAGGCGCAUACUACAGUGCUCUCGCCAUCCGGGACACAGGCAUGGAGAUUCCUUUCGGUGUUGGGGCAGACUGCGCCUACCAGACCUUUAAUCGCCCAGGCUACGACGGUCACGCUCGGGGUACCGUUGAUGAACCUUUAGAAGCCAUUGUUGACGGCGUCUUCAUGGACAUCAAGUGCCUCAAGUUGGAGAACUGGAGUUCCACUCGGAAGCCAACCGGCUAUGUAUCACCACUUGUUGGGAGGAAUACCACAGGAUUGUUUGUUUACAAUUUUACGAUCAAUCUCCAGUUCGAAAAUUGCGACCGAUCUAUCACUGUCAAAGAUGAUAAUUUCGAGUGGAACACUUUAAAUGUGACGCAUUCGGAUGGGGGGACGACUCCCAGCGAUCUGGAGAAAAACGGAACGUAUACAUGGUGGAUGCCAAACGAUCUCGAAACCCCUUUGUGUUCCUCAUUGCCACAACAACACCCUCAGACUCUUUAUUACGCGAUGCAUUACGGAGCAUCCCCAUCGAACAGUUCAGAACCAGAAAUAGAUACCAUGGCAGGUGUUAUCUGUUCUCCGACAGCAUGGGUCUCAAAAGUCCAAGUUGUAGAUGAUGGCAUUAGCCCAAAUGUCACAGCUCUCUCUAAUCAGGCAAAAGUGACAGCAGACUUCAAUGCCUGGGCAUUGAUAGGGAAUUCUAUAUCUCCCUCAGAGGACGGUUGGGUUCCUAGUUUCAGCAGUUACAAGUCAAACGACCAAUACCGGAGAUAUGGACCAGUAGCAGCAGAUCUCUUUUUCAAAAGAGGGAAAUCAGUCAACUUCGAAAGCGACCCAAAUAUGCUGCACAGUAACGUGUUAAGUCAAUCUAUUGCGGACCUUAUCAAGGCUCUUGGCCCUUUGCUUGCUCAUUACCAACUGCGUCAGAGCGAACAUAGUACAAUUGAUGCAAAGGCUACUCAGGUGUUGCAUAAAGUCAAAAUUGGUCAGGCUAUCUGUAUUUCAAUGGCGUCACUGUUUGGGGUCUCACUAUGCAUAGCUCUGUGGGCGCUACUCACAUCCAAGAGAAUAUUCAAAGGCUGGUUUAGGAACCCUUCAACUGUGUUGGGAUCGAUGAUGAGCCUCAACGAUAGGUUCAAUCCUGGAUUAUUGUCACGACACCAUGAGAAUUACAAGGCAGCUUGGAUCGAUUGCAACGGCUCGCCACUUGUCUUCAAGCUAUGGUUCCGUCUGAUAUUUACUUCCUACGUUCUCGCUCUCAUUGUUGGUCUUGCCGUCUCGCUUAAAAUAUCACAGACGUCUGAUGGCCUGGUUACCAUUACUGAAGAGAGUGAUCUAUUCGUAUGGUGGAAGAUCGUGCCGGCCUUUGCUAUGCUUCUCGUUGCGUUAUACACCGGCUUUUCUAGCUUCUCCGUUCGCGAAAUAUCUAAUCUUGCGGACCUUUCUUCAAGGCCCUGCCGCAUGGAAGAAUUGGACACGUCCAUUCUAGACAUGGUUGGUCUUCGAGCAUUAUACCACUCAGUCCGCCUAGAGAAGUAUAGUGUGGCUUUGCUACAAAGCCUGACCAUUCUAUGCACAUUUUUAACAGCCUUGUCUGCUCCUCUCUUUACACCAGAAUUUGUUCCCGAUAAUCAAAUCAUUUCGCUUCCGGAGGAGACUUGGUUCGGUGUUCGAGCACUGAAAAAUGACACAGACGAAUACGAGCAGCAUCGCAAAACGGUAGCUACUAUGUUCUACACUCCAAAUGGCACGAACCAGACAUACGCACCCCUUACAUACGGCGAAUUCCUUUUCCCCAGGCUUGGAGCCGAUCUUCCGGAUGAUAGUUGGGUUUCUGGAAGGGAAGUCAAAGUAACUACCCCAGCCGCCAAACUAGUUUCCGCCUGCGCCGCGAUCCCCGAUGAUGAAUAUACCCUCAACUAUACAUCAAGCAAACGCCACCAAUUUCGCUACUAUGGCGUACAAAUAAGACAGGAUUCGGCUUGUCCAGAUGGCUCCUAUUACGAGGACACUGGGGAGAGCUGGUUCAGUGAGGAGGCUGUGAGCGAUGGAGUGGCUUACUUUGCAUACAAUCUCCGUAACUUAGCCUACGAAGGUCUCAACCGUAUCUGCAAGGCUAAUUCUACUGCGGAGUCACAUCGAAACAGGCCGUGGAAGACGCAAAAAUUUAUUUGGGGCAAAUACUCCCCAGAAAAGAACGAGGCUGAGUAUGUGUCUGUCUGGGCUUGUAAUUAUACCUGGGGUCAGAUAAAUAUGGAUGUUUCACUGAAUCGGAAAGAUGAAAGCAUCUAUAUCGCGCACGAACCGCCUCCUCAACAAACCGACUCGGGUGUGCAGCCAUGGAGUCCGCCUUUUCCAGUUGUCGAGACCGGUGGAUCCUCGGACCCCAUCGAUUUUUCAUUCUCUGAUUAUCUCCAACAGAAGGGUUCUGACCCCCGGAUGUAUGGUCUGGAUGCUAUCUUUGCCAAUAUGGUGCCGCCCUUUGGUUCACUGGAUAUUGAGGCGUUCGGUGACCCAAGUCGGGAACACGAGAUACUCGAAUUGUUGCGCUCAAAUAUCGGUCUUAUCAAUGCCCAAGUCUCAAACCUCGAGAAUCGUUUAGAUAUUGACGAGGAGUCGAUCAUGACGCCUUUCAAACAUGGGGAAGCACAGCUCAUCAAUGUUACCAUCGUCGAUGACCGGCGACAACGUCUCAUUCAAAACUUUGCCAUCACCAUCACCAUGUUCGUCGUUUUGGGCUUGGUUUUUGCCGUACACGCGUGGGGCCUUAUUUCGCUAUGGCUCAAGCGCUACGUGGGCGACAGAGUCUGGCUUCUCAACUUGGAGUUCAAAGGUCUCGUUCCGGAUAACUUCAACAGUAUUGCCAUGAUGGAUGGCUUAAUGCGAGGCUCGAAUUGCUUUGAUCACCUUCCCGAUGAUGCGCAUCUCCAAUCUCCGAGCGAACUCUACGAGAACUCGGCUGGAGUGCGUUUCCGGGUCGGAUGGUUUCAGAGAGCAGAGCGUUCCGAGGAGGAAUUCGCUCUGGGGGUUUUGGGUGACGAGAUGUACAGGUUUUUGGAGCCCAAGGCAGACGUACAUAAUCGAAAGUACUCAGGCGAGUGA